AAGGAGAAAAACAUAAACAACGCUGGAUUUCUGAUCGUUUGUGAUCUUUCUUUUAUUUUUCGGAAAAUUGCUCGGACUGGGAAGUGUCAGGGCCUUAAUCGUUUUUAGAAAUUGCCUAAAACGAUGGGAGAGCCCAGUGUGCCUGUUAAACGGCGCAAGGUGACUUACAAGAGACCGAAUGCGUUGUUUGAGAAGUGGCUUGGAGAGUGGAAAGAUGAGGCCAAAGAAAAGGGAUGGCAAAUAGCUUACUCUUACCAAAAGGCGCUCCAAUCUCUUAAGAAGUACCCGACGCCCUUAAAAAGUGGCAAACAAUGCAACAUGUUGAAGUCGUUUGGUCCGGCAUUGUGCUCCAAGCUUGACAAAAAGAUCAAGGAGUACAUUGCUGAGAACCCUGAUGAUACAAGAUUUUCAACCGAAGAUCCACUUCCUAAAGCGACGAAACCAACAUCACCAAAAAAGAAAAAAGCAGCUGGAAAUUCUCCAAAAAAGAGGAAACCAGCUGCAAAGAAAAAUAAAAAAAAUCACGAUGAUGAGGAUGAAGACAUGGAUGACGAUGAUCUUCAACCUGCUCCAGUCGUUUUCAUUCCUCCAGGCAAUGCUCAAGUCAAAUUGAUUGUCGACUGCAGUGAAACUAAUAUGACUACAAAGAAAGCUUCCCAAAAGAAUGCAAUGAAGGAAUUGCAAGCUCAAAAAAUUGCUUUCGAGAUUCGUGAUCUCAGCGUUGGUGAUUUCAUGUGGCUGGCUGUUGCCCCCAAUGGCAGUGAGCUAGUUCUGCCUUAUAUUGUGGAAAGAAAGAGAAGUGAUGACCUGGCCCAAAGUAUCAAAGGUGACCGCUACCACGAACAAAAGAUGAGAUUGAAUGCUUGUGGACUUAAUGUGAUUUACCUGUUUGAAGACACAAAAAGCUACAUAGGUUUUCGUGAGGAAAGUUUAUACCAAGCACAGAUGAACACAAACAUUCAGAGCAAGUUUUGUGUCCACACUACUGGAAGUGUCAAAGAAACAGUUUCAUAUCUAGCCAGUCUGACAAGAGUUCUCGAGAAGAAAAUCAGGAAUAAGUGUAUCAAAAGCUGUAGCAGUGACGACGAACCUCAGUAUUCUUUGAAUGGUCGCUCACUUUGUCUUCCGUCCUACAAGGAGUUCAAGCAAGGGUCUGCCAAGAUUGAGAACUUCACUGUUCGCGAAAUGUUUGCCCAAUUGCUGCUCCAAAUCAGUGGCACUUCUUGUGAUGCUGUGUGUGCCAUUGUUGAGAAGUACCCCACCCUCUCUCACAUGAGGGAAGCCUUCGGCAGGUGUGACUCUCUCUUCGAGAAGAUCGGACUGUUGACCGUGCUGCAGUAUGGUUCUUCGAGAAUGAGUCUCCCUCACACCGUGGCUAAAAAAAUUGUCCAGUUCUUCACUGCUAGUGAUUUCAGCGAAUUGUGAGUUUGUCUAUUUCUCCUAAACUCUAAUUUAGUAAUUAGCGAAUCCCGGAAUCAACGACCGGAACUGAAAGUUCAGAGAUAUCGUGCUGUAAUGAAAUAAAAUUUCAAUCGGUUUCA